UGUAUUUUUAUACUUUGUUUUUAAGAGCAUGCAAUCAUUGCAUUUACAUGCCUGUGGGAAACUGUAUUUGAAGUUAUACGUGUGUUUGCUGCGUUAUUGUAUGGUUUCUUUCGUGAUCUAGGCCACGAGAGUCGGGGGGAUGAAUUUGGCGCCUUUUUACUUAGUUUUCAGUCGAAUACAUGUGGAUAUUUCACGAGUGCAUUUUGUAAAACGCGUUUGUUUUGCCUAGCAUUUUCAAUAAAAACCGGUAUAUAAUUCGCAGACAGAACAAUGAUCAGACAAAGGGGUGUAACCUCAUAACGUUUGGGCAUGUUGUUCCUCAUGGAGAUCAUGUUCCUGCAAAUUAUUUCUUUUUAUAAGAGGUGCACGCUCAGCCUUUGAGUAAAUAUACAAACUCAACAAAGUUAGAAGUUACCGUGUGUGAUUUUUUUAUUUUUUUAAUUCAGACUUCUUUGUAUGUUGUUGUAAAUGCAUGAGGGUUUAAUCGUGUUGUGCACGACUCCAUAUGGUUCUAGGGGUAGGACAAAUACACACACAGUCUUUGGUGUCAUGGCUGUCUUUGCACUAAAUAAAUGUGAAUCCUUCUACAGCCAAUGAUUCUGUUAUUCCAGCUAGAUUAUUCCUAAAUUCUGUGUAUUCUGUGUCCACCUCGAAUUUUCACAUGACCCUUGAAUUGGACAUUGAAGUUUUCGUCGACGUUUGUUGAACUACUGUGUAUAUUACGGAUACACUUUUUUUUUCUUGCCCCUUUUAAUUUACGUUUAGAAGACUCUCAUAAAUCUGAACUACGGAAUAUAGAACUGAAUGUAUCGACCAAUAGGAGGAUCUUUGUUGACAUCUUUGUACGCAUGCGCGAGUGGUUGUGUGGCAAAAAAACAAACGGUAUGGCGGGCUGUAAAGACGCGACGAGCACUUUCAAGAGAGUUAGCGGGCGAAAUCCACAAUAUAUAAGCACUUUAACAUCUGAAGACCGGAGGAGGUUUGGAGAGAAGCUCAAAAUUUGUAUUGGUGACAAAAUCGAAGUUAUUCAAAGCCCAUAUGAGAUCUGGGAUGACAAAAAACGUUGGUCCGACUCGCCCGUGUCUUGGCCACCAAUCUGCUGGGGAGACAUUUAUUCUUAUUUAAUAGAAAACCCUGGACCCUUAACUCAUUAAAGAUUAAAGGCUUUCAAAAGUCUGGAGGCCUAUGAUUAUUUUGUUUCUCGAAAAGUUGGGCCGAUCUUUUCUGCCAAACAGAAAGCAGUGAUCGUGCUAAAAGCAGAGGUUAGAUCUGGCCAAGCAGAGUCACAGCGUGAUUCGCAUCUCCCGUGGGUGAUCGCCAAAGAGAACGGCGAAAUAAUCACUGCUCACUGCGACUGCAAAGCCGGGCUAGUAAUGGCACUGAAGCAGCUGAGCCCAAGAGAAGGUCUGAGAGGCUUCAAACUAAACCCGAAACACCAAAGUCUGGGCCCAAGCCAAAGAAGGCACCUGUCAAAGGCAAGAUGGCCAAAGUGGUAGAAAAGGCUAAACCAGAGAAGAAAGAGGAUGUGAAGCCAGAGGAAGAGACCACACCUGCAGAAAAUGGAGAGGCCGAAGCUGAGGUAAAAAAAAAUAAAAAAUCCCUCCAAGUUGGAUAUUUAUCUGGAUGUAUAGUCCAUGGUGAUUGUAGCUAUGGCCAAAUCUGUUGGGGGGGGGGGAUGACAAUACAAUUUUACCCAUAAACGUCAGUUUGACGAUUAACAGUCUUCUUCAUAAAAAACUUAUUUGGUGCAUCACGCGAGUCAUUUGGCCAAUCACAGUCAAGAUAACGGCAGCACGUCUUCACUGAAAAGCCCCUGGCUGCAGCUUUCCCGCGGAUAAAUUCAACUUUCCACGCUACCACUACCAGGCAGAGGCCGUGAGAAAUUAUCUGGUGCUACUUCAGUGGACACUGACAUUAGUUUUGAGAAUGAGCGAGCUUAAAGAGGAGGAUUCUAUUUAUAUAAGACAGCUUGACUCAGGGCUGAGGUGCAAAUGGAGCUGGGCCUGGCUAAAGAUUGAGGUGAAGACCGAGGUGAAGGGAGUUCAGCACAGCUUCCCGCUGUCACAGUAUUUUUAAAAAAAUUGACAAAGCGGGGUAUUCAAAAUGUAGCCUUUGCUCUAAAGAAAUAAACUACAGCAACAAGGGCUCUCAUGCUCUUUCGGCACACUGCCAAACAGAGGUGCACCGUCAAAAAGUGUGCACUGUAAUGACUACAGUAAGUGUCCUUCCAGUCUCAAGUCAAAGUGCUCCCAAGGCGGGGCCUGAAGCCAUGAGAGCGCGAUUUAGGGUGCCUGUACCUACAUGUCAGCGGGUUGCUAAUGCAGAGGCGAUGGUUCUUGCUACUCUCGCCGAACAUUCCCUCCCUUUUACAUUUGCACCAGUGAUGGUGAAGCUGGCCCAAACGCUGGCUGCAGACAAAGUAGCUCUGAGUGGGUUGAAGCUGUCACGCACUGCAGCAGCUUACAAAAUGGUGCAUGGAUUGGGAUUUACAUUUUCAGAGAGGAUCUUCAGAAAUACACAGAAGUAUCCAUUUUCCAUCAACCUCGACGAGAGUACUAACCAUGGUGGUAAAAAAGUGCUUUCCAUCCUAGUCAGCUACUUCAACCCAGACAGGAAGACGGUUGAUGUGGAGCACCUUGGCUCUUUAGAGGUUUUCAAGGUUAGCGCUCUCAAGCUAGAAAAUUUGAUAGUUAAGUUCUUUAAGGAUAACAACAUUCCAUGGUUGAACCUUGUAAGCAUGCUGAUGGACUCCUGCAGUGUUAUGCGAGGAAGUAAAACGGGGUUAGAAACAAGAGUCCGCCAGAACUACUGCCCAGGCCUACUUGAUGUUGACGGUGAUAGUUGCCACCAUAUCCACAAUGCUGCAAAGGUGUUUGCAGCUCCUUUCAGCAAUCAUCUUGAACGGCUGUUUGGUGACCUACAUGCAGAUCAUCAAUGGGCUACAGACCAGUUGGCGUACUUCAGGGAGAUAUGUGAGUUCAUGAGCCUUCCUGGUUCCGCUCCCAAAAGGUUCAUUCAGCAUCGCUGGCUAUCUGCUUAUGAUGUUGCCAUUAGCACCCAGAGGCUGCUUCCUGCCUACAAGGUUCUUUACUACGGCUUUAUGGACAGGAAAGACAAGGCCCUCUACAAGGAUCCCCUAGGGCAGCUUUUUACGAAGUACAAAGUGAGCGACAAGGCACAGACAAAGAUUCGGUCAUUUCAUGAGGACCUCAGCAAAAAAGGAAUGACGCAGCUGGGAAAAGACCGGAAGAAGAGGGUGGUUAGGAAGGUGUGGCAUGAAGCCACCAUAACUGAGCUGCACCUCAGUGUUUAUACAGGAGUGCUACCUAUCCUUAAAGAAUAUGUCAUGGUGUUCCAGGGCAGUCAGACACUUGUUCAUAAACUGCAUGACAAACAGCUUCAAGUCUUUACCAACUUCCUUGCCUGCUUUGUCAAAUCUGAACACCUGAAGCCGAUGCCCAAAACUCUGGCUACUAUGGAAUUGGACAACAAACUGCUGCCUGUGAGGGAGAUGUAAGUGGGGCAGGAGGCUAAUCAAUUCAGAGUGGCACAUCCACAACACCCUCUGCUGAAGCCAUUCCUGGAGGAAGUCUCACGGGCAUACAUCACGUGUGCUAGAUACUUGCAAAAAAAGCUGCCACUGCAGAGCAAGACCCUCCAGUGUUUGUCGGCCAUAGACCCAAUACUGAGAGGGCACUCUCAAACUGGGUCUGAACUGAGGAAACUCACUGCAAUGAUGGAUCACCUGCUGCCUGAUGUUGACACACACCAGGAAAUUCUCCAGUACAACGUAGAUCAGUCCCUGCCCAGCUUCCAAGAUGGAGAUGAUGUUGUGAGGUGGUGGGCCUGUGUCGACGAUACUGGAAAAUAUCCAGGCCUGUGUCAAGCAGUGAAAGCUGCAAUGUCAAUAUUCCAUGGCCCAUUAGUUGAAUCUUCUUUUAAUAUAAUGGGCAACAUCAUUGACCAGAAAAGUACAAGCAUGAACAUCACCACAUUCAGCGCUAUCCAGACUGUCAAAUAUACUCUACAGAGCAGAAAGCUGAGUGCUGUGGACAUGUUCAGCCGAGAUGAUUCAAAAUUUGAGCCAGCAGAUAGAAGGCUGUGUGGGAACAUCAUUUCGGCUGGAACCAGGGACAAAGCCCAGCGGCAGCAAAAGCAGCUGAAAGUCAGCGAAAAGAGGACGGAGUUCGGCUGCCAGCCAUCCACUAGUGCUGCUGUAAAUAGGGCAGAAGUGGUGGAGGAAGAAAGUAUGGCCCGAAAGAGGCACAUGGCAAAACAGAGAAAACGGGCCCUUGAAAGGCUUGUCCAGGCCAAAACAGUAAAAAAAUGAUGUUUUAUUUCACACCCCACUAGACCAGUUUUAAGUUUGUUUUAUGUUCAUUGGUGUUAAUAAAUGUUGUGUUGUUUUACCUGAAGAAAAUGUCUUUUCCCUUUAUUUUC